UAUUUUAAAAUGUCUGCAGAGGCCAAAAAUGUUUCAAAUUAUUCCGAUGCAAUUUCCUACGUAAAAGACGACUUGUCAACCGAGGUGAAACACAUAAAAAGACGGAAAGAAAGAUUUCAGGGUAACUUUUUCUCAUACAUAACAUGUUACAUUAACUCCAUUGCUCAUAGAAUGAUUGCAAUUGCCUAUUAAGUAACCUAUAACCUAGAAAAAAAUGAAGUAUAAACAACAAUGUACACCGAUAUAUAUUUUAAUUUGUUGGUUGAUUCCAUUGUCUGCAGUAUUCCUAAGCGCUGUAACUGGUGUGUCGAUGCUCAUUGGUUUUGGAAGUGCAGUGGCAGCAUCAAAAAAGAAAGAUCCAAAGUUUUUCAAUGAGGGCAUAGCAGGAUUCAAAGGAAUGACUGAGACUGGUGGUUCUCUGGCAAUGAGAGCCUUGGGAUGGGGCACGGCUUAUGCCAUUACAGGAUGUGGCAUAUUGUUCUAUAGCAUCUGGAAAAUAUCUGGAGCUAGCACUGCUGAAGAAUUUCGAAUAAAAAUGGGAUCCAUUCUACCAAGAAUACCAAAGAACAAUCCUCCAAGAAGCAGAACAGAUUUCGAAGGAUUGACAGAUUUGAUGACCUACAUUUCAGAGGAUUGGGGCAAAAGAAAAGACCAGGGCACGAACAGUACAUAGACAGUUAUCCUCUACCGGCAUUGCAAACAUCUAAACACUCCUGUCGAUAAUCUAGAAGGUGUUGACAUCUGUCGGCGUAAUCGACCGUUCCAACCGACACCAAAAAGCUUACUGUACCUUUACUAGUAAAUAAAUUCAGCGGUAGCUUAAAUUAAGACUACCCUAUCAAAAUGUUCGCUACAGGAUGCAUGAAUUAACCGUAAUAAUUCAUAUAAGUGAAUCCCUUAUGAAAAAAUGCAGCUUCGUUGCAAUUAGGUCGCGAAAAAGGGGUUAGGACAAAUAACGCUUUCCCUUCAGGCCAUUGACAAAAUUAUAAAUAAACUAAAUAACGAUGGUUGAAGCAAGAGAUCUUCAGAACAAAAGACCGGUCCAAGAAGGAAAAAGUAUAUUUCGAAUAAGAUUUUAGCGCAGCCUCCUACAAACUUCUGAGAAAAAGCUAACUAUUACAUGUAUGUAUAUACUUCGGUAAACUCAUCCCAAAGCAGCAUUAGGUUGGUCCGCUCAUUUUCGUGUCACUGAUGACGCGCGAUUGGUGAAUAGUAAUCGUUCACAGGUCGAAAUUAUAAAAGCAAAUGAAUGCUCACUCAGUUAGCCAAUUUGCUUUGACGUAGUACCAUUUAAAAAACUACUCAACUACGACGUUAAUUUUCAGUUCCAAAAAUGAGUCAUACAGAGAUACAUCCGAUGAUGAUCUACAGGCUCUUCCGUUUCCACUGUGCAUAUUUAUUCAUUACGAUAUGAAAAAUAAAUGUCAAAAGACGUACUCCGAGACGCAAAUCCGAAAGAAAGUAUCUAUUGAGAAUUUGAUAGUCACAUAUUUUUUAAUACAAAAAACGCUUGUGCUAUAUUCGUAAAUAUUUUUUAAUGUAUAAUCGUAAAAAAAAAAGUAUAUUUUUCGAGCAAGGCGUAAAUAUGUAUACGUUUUGUCUUCUGACACUCGUGAAGUCAUAAGGUACAUAUUAUACAACAAGUUUGUUAAGCACCAUUUUCAAAUAUUCCAUGUAAAUGUAAACCAGGAGAAAAAUUCUUCGACGUUCACUAACAAUUCCCCAUAGUUGAAAUGUAAAAUUGCUCCAGCAGUCAAUUUGAAUUAUUUAUUGUCCAAAAGAAUGACAAAGAAUUGAAUUGCAUUCUCGAUACGUACUGGAAUAA